AUGUGCGACGACUGGGACGAUAACGCCCCUGUAGUGGUAGCCCAACCGCACGUGUGGAAUCACGAUUCCUCGAGGGACGAUGACAGUUGGGACGAUGGAACACCGACGACUUCUUCAUUCGCAUCGAACAAUUACCAAUCAAGAGGCCAAAACGAUCGCCAGUACAACAGAGAUCGCGGCGAAUUCAAACCCAGGCGAGACAAUAACUGGAGAAAUCCCAAUCAAGGGAGAAACGACAAAUGCGAAGUAAUUAAAGUACCUUCGCACAGAGUUGGCCGAGUGAUUGGUCGUGGUGGUUCAAAAAUAGCCGAAUUGCAGACGGAAUCGGGUGCGAGGAUUCAAGUGACUAAAGACAGCGAUGGAAAUGACACCGAUGUAAAAAUAUUCGGGACUGACGAGACAAUAGCCAAAGCAAAGGCUUUGAUAAAGGAUGUAACUGCUGAUACCAUCAGAUUCGUAGAGGCUAAGGACCUUCACAAAGAACCAGUAAAACAACCAGUGAUUACCGACUGGGCUGCUUUUCUCAAAGAAUGCCAAGAUGCGGAAAAUGCGGAAUGGGAUAAAUAUCCUCCAGUCAUCAAAGAUUUCUAUCGAGAACAUCCCGCCGUCACUAAAAUGACUGAGAAUGAGGUUGCACGUUUUCGAGAGGAAAAUAACAAUAUUGUAGUCGACAGAACAUUCCAAAAGCCGGAUAGUAAGCCAAUACCAAAACCAUGUCCUGAAUUUCACCACGCUUUUCAUCAGUUUCCGGAUAUAUUGGAGGAAAUUAGGAAGGCUGGAUUUGAAAAACCCUCUCCCAUUCAAGCACAAGCUUGGCCUGUGCUCUUGAGCGGUGAGGAUUUAAUUGGAAUCGCUCAAACUGGAACUGGUAAAACAUUGGCUUUUCUUCUACCUGCUUUGAUUCACAUCGAUGGCCAGACAACUCCGCGAGAAGAAAGAGGCGGACCUGCUGUUUUAAUAAUGGCACCGACAAGAGAAUUAGCUUUGCAGAUUGAUAAGGAAAUCAAGAAAUAUCAAUACAAAAAUAUCACAUCUGUUUGUAUUUACGGCGGAGGAAAUCGUCGCGAACAAGUCAAAACCGUAACGGAAGGCGUAGAUAUUGUUAUCGCCACACCAGGAAGAAUGAACGAUUUAGUUGCAGCAGGCCACUUAGAUGUAAAAAGCGUUACUUAUACAGUAUUAGAUGAAGCGGAUCGUAUGCUGGACAUGGGAUUCGAACCGCAGAUACGUAAAGUGAUGUACACGAUCAGACCGACCAGACAUACUGUGAUGACCAGCGCAACGUGGCCUCCGGGAGUUAGACGAUUGGCGGAGUCUUACAUGAACGAUCCCGUUCAGAUAUACGUAGGAACGUUGGAUCUAGCCGCAACUCACACCUUUAUGGAAUUCGCUAAGAACUUGAGUCCCGAACAGAAAGUGAUCGUGUUUUGUGGAAAGAAAGCCCGAGCCGAUGAAUUGGCCACCGAGCUAAUUUUAUCCGGUUUAAAUUGCCAAACAAUGCACGGUGAUCGGGAUCAGGCGGAUAGAGAACAGGCCUUGUUAGAUAUCGCCGACGGUACCGUGCAAAUACUGAUUGCUACCGAUCUCGCUUCCAGAGGAUUGGACAUUGAUGAUAUUACCCAUGUCGUAAAUUACGACUUUCCUAAAAACGUCGAGGAAUAUGUUCAUAGGGUGGGAAGAACAGGAAGAGCUGGCAAAUUUGGCGAAAGCAUAAGUUAUUUCACCCGAGCCAAUUGGGCACAAGCAAAGGAACUUAUCAGUAUUCUCGAGGAAGCGCAACAGGUAAUAAAAUUAUUGAACUUAAUUGUAAAAUGUAGUUAUUGCAUUGUUGUUAAUAGUAUGUACCUGAAGAAAUCUAUGACAUGGCUAAGAGAUUUGCUGUUUGGAAGGAAAAAAGAGAUAAGGAAAGAGAAAGUGGAUUCGGCGGAGGAAGAUAUGGAGGAGGACAUGGUGGAGGAUACGGAGGAGGACAUGGUGGAGGAUACGGAGGAGGACGCAGUCGUGGUGGUGGCUCGCGUUGGUGAAUUUAUUUUUUUUUACGUUCUUUAG